CCGGAGAGCAUCAGAAGAACGAUAAAAUGGCCACGAGCGAGGACCAACCGGCGGCGUUGAGAGAGAGUGGCGAAGAGCGACAGCCACCGGGCCAGAAAAUGGGAGUGGGGCAACACAUAUUGGACAAAGGCAGUAGCAUGUUGCAGUCGCUGAAACCGGUGAAGCAGGUCAGCCAGCACGCUUGCUCUUUUGCCCUUUACGGCGAUGACCUCAGCCGCCAGAUCGAAACGCAUCAUUACAUCUCUCGCCUUAACCAGGACUUUCUCCAGUGCGCCGUUUACGAUUCCGACGCCGCCGAUGCCCAUCUAAUUGGCGUUGAGUAUAUCGUGUCGGAUCAAAUCUUUGAAACUCUGUCUACUGAUGAACAAAAGCUUUGGCAUUCCCACGCAUACGAGAUAAAAUCUGGGCUCAUGGUUCAUCCACGAAUCCCAGAGAUGGUAGCAAAGCCAGAAUUGGAAAACCUCGCCAAAUCCUACGGAAAAUUCUGGUGCACAUGGCAGGUGGACAGAGGCGACAAGCUGCCGAUGGGAGCCCCAGCGCUGAUGAUGUCACCGCAAGCAACAGGGGCGGGAGUGGUGAAGGCGGAGCUGGUGCAGAAAAGGGACGACUAUUAUAACAUUUCGACAGACGCAAUUAAGGGGUCUCGAGUUGAGAUCGAAGAGCCGGAGUGGAUUAAUCCGCAGGCUGAUUACUGGAAACAGCACGAUGGGAAGGGGUUUGCCAUCGAUAUAGUCCGGACGGACAUGAAGUUGAGGGUGCCGUUCCCUUGACAGAGACAGGCGCGUAACGGUCUGGUUUAUUGGGUUUGUGUGUGGUGAGCGCGAGGCAUAAGGGCAUGUAAGGAACUAUCAAUAGAUUAUGAAUAAAUGAAUAAAAUUGGUCUCUGUUA